UUUAAGGCGCAAAAUGUAAACAAAACAUUAGACGUUUCAUAACAGAAAUGUUCCCACGUAAAGUUCUGUAUUUUAACAACUUCCAAAAUCUAGUUUCAACCCUGGUUAAUCAUUAUAACUGCUGCUGAGGCUGAUCCGGCUUAUUUCCGAAAUGGAACCGUCGCGAAAGAUUCAAGAGUUGCUGGGGCAGAUGCAAAAGACAUUGGAAUGUUCGAUCUGCCUUGAAAUGAUGACAAACCCAGUGUCGACAGCUUGUGGACAUCAGUUCUGCAGGUUUUGUCUGACAGAGUUUUUGGAGCGAAAGAAGCAAGUUCCCUGUCCACUGUGUAAAAAGCCCAUCACUAAGAGAAGCCUAACAGGAAGAACCAAGCUUGGGGACAUGGUUACCGGUGUGCGUAGCCUCAUAACAGCGUUCCAGGCAGACACAGGCGCAAUCUUUUCCCCUGUGAGAGGCCCUGUGACAAGCCUGGUUCCCGGCACCCCAGAGGUGAUCAAGAGCAAGGCUAACCAGAGAACCAGACGAUCAAAUGUCAGAAGAGGCACCAAACGGGAUUCUGGAUCCAUAUCUGUAAAGAAUUCAGACCAAGCAGUUAACAAUAAUGAGCAGAAUGAUGAAUUGCUCAGACUUAUAGAGCAGGGUGAACACAACUCCUCCCACAGGCAAGACGACACAGGUAGAGUUGCCCCCCUUCAACCAAGUGAUGAAAGUAAAGGUGGGAAAAUAACAAUGACAUGUAGAGAGAGGAAAGCAAGGCAAGUUACAGAUACUAGUGCUGUUAGACAUGCUGAUGUAAGCAAUACGAGAUUAAUGUCACCUUCUGUCCAUUCUGAAAAUACAAAUCCUGAAGUAGCCUGCAAAUUGGACACACAUAGCACAGACAUAGCUGCAAAAUCUACUAAUGUAAAUAUUGAUCAUGUGAAUGAAACUGGCUAUGAUACAUCACACUCCAGAGUGAAAGGCAAUGUAGAAUUAGAAGUGAAUGAGCAAGUUCUAGAUGAAAGAGCAAGUUGUGAUAAUAUUUCUAACAAAUCUAAUGACAUCAUGGAGAAUAAUAUUCAGUUUUCCAAUGAAACAAGUAGUUCUAGUGGUCCAUUAUUUUCAACUCCCCUUGAUGUAAAAUCUUGCAGAAAGUCAAGAGCUGUUGAAAAAGAACCUCUUGAAGUAGAAAAAACAAGAAGAUCUCUUAGAAAUAAAAAUGUCACAGAUGAUAUGGAAACAGAGUCAAAAUGUUUGACUCCUGAAUUUGUUGAUCACUUGGAGCAGCAAAGAGAUGUCCAUAAAACAUACAGUAGAAGAGAUAUAGAAGUGCAUAAAAAGGAGAAAAAGGUAACAAAGAAGGUGUCUGAAUGGUUAAAGAACGUUACAAAUGUAAGUGAUGCACUUGUAAACAAGACUAAGGCAGAACACAGACUUGAAGAAGUUAAUAAAGUGAGGGCAGGGUCAUGUCCAAAUGAUGAAUUUGCGAAAGGAAGAGGGAAAAAGCUGAGUAAGAAAGUUCUGAAAGUUAAAGCUGAAGAAGAAUUGAUGGGAGCCAAACUGAAACACCUCGCUAAACAGGUUCAGGAUGGAAAUCAAGGGCUUCUGUUUGAGUUUGAUGAUUUUGAAGAGAAUGCUGGAAUAAAGUGUGAUGCCAAUCAUGCUCGUAAUGGUCUUGGAGAAAAAGAUCAAGAUAUUGUUGCUCCAUAUGAGUCAGAGGAGACUGCAGCUGCAGCUGGCGUUCAAAUCAAUGAUGUAGAUGUUGAUAUUAAAGGGAAUGUUGAAGAUGCAGCUAACGAUGAAAAUACUGAUGUAGAAGAUGUUGUUGAUAUGAAUGUUAAAGAUGAUAUUGUUAUUCAAGAAGUUGAUGAAGGUGAACAGGAUUCUAAUUGUGUGAAACCAUCGACCAAGCACGAAAGCAAGCUGCCAAAAAGAGAGCCAGAGAUAACAGAAAAGGCCGACAUCAAUAAUGCUUUACCUGCAAAUAAGAAAAGAAUUUUUAAAACUAGAAUUCCACUUGAUAACAAGACAGUUGAAACACAUACUGGUAUGUGUGAUGAUGCAAAGGAAUCAAAGAGAGGUGAUUUAUUAAUCAAUGUGGGAAAAAGCCAAAAUGAAAAUUUAGUGACUGAAUAUUCAGAUCCUUAUGAAUUUAGGUCCAGUCAGCCAACACCUAAAAAGAUUCUUUCAAAGAAAUCAAAAACUAAGAAGGCACGGAAGAAAACCACUGCUGACAAAUUGAAAAAUCCUGUAAUUGAGACCGGUAAACUUAAAAAUAAAGAUAGUGGACCAAAUAAGAUUUGGAAUAAGGAAUUGGUUCCUAAAAAGACUAUAUUGAAAAAUACAGAGAAUGAAAUAGAACAUAUCUCGUCUGAGCUGAGUCGAGCAGAAGAUUAUGAUCUGUUGACUAGUACACAAGAAGUUGUGGCAAAGAUGGAGCAGGAGAAAAGGGAGUCUGAGAGAUGUGAAAAUUCUCUGGAGAUAGUAAAAGUUGAAGGCAUGAAGAAAAAAGUCAGAUUCAUGGAACCACGAAUGUCUGAUUUUAAUCAUAAUGGUCACAUAGAUGUGAUAGGGUUCCGUAAAGCUAAACAGGCUUUUGAAAAGGAAGUUGGUGUAGUUAAAGCUGACACUCAACUUAAAAUGGGUCAAAAGCUUAGCACAGAUGACAAUCAGAAAGAAUCCAGUGCCACUUGUGAGGCAGUAGAAGCUGAUGACACUGUAAAUCCUGAUGAGGAAAACAAUGAAGCGUUGCAGCAAGAUGUUGACUCUGAUGACAUCUCAGAGGAGUUUGGUUUUGAGGAAGACAGCAAUGCAACAGAUGACCUUGACAUUCAUCCAGAGCCAGAACAGUUUGAGGAACCCAACCCAGACCUUCAACAAGAGGAUGUCAAAGAAAAGAUGAAAAUGCAACUAUCUACUGAUCAAACCAGUGUUGAACAGACUCCAGAAAUAGCACAAUCACAGGACAGCAUUGUUGGAGAAACUCCUGCUUUGUUUGCUGUUCCAAAGUUCACCAUGUAUAAGGGGAAAAUCGUUGGGAAACGUUCAGAAAAAUAUAAAAGUAGUGUACCAAAUGCAAGCGACAAGAGUUGUCAGGAGCAAAGUCUUGAAGAUAAAACUGCUUUACAUGACAAAGUAGUUGAAUCUAUUGCAGAAACACCUCUAAUUGCUGUUAAACUGAACAUGGUUCCUGAAACUCCACUCAGUAAUGAAGAAAGAAAUCAAGAGAAUGGGGAUGAGAAACAGGAAAAGAAUGAAAUACAUGAGAAAAACCAUCAAGCCUCAAAUGAUGAAUCAGAUGAAACUCAGACACCUGAUUUCGAUAUUGAAUCCCCUUUGUUGAAAGUUAGAUGUAUGACUGACUUUAAAAAUGAAGGUAACAAGAAAGUUUCUCAAAUAACUGAAAGUCAAAAUUCAGGAAAAAACAAUGACUCUAAUUCUUCAGAAAAACAAUCUAUUGAAAGUCAAAACAGUGAGUCAAUCUUAAAGCCAGCUGUAGUUGCUACAGAUGAGAAGUUAGAAUACAAAGAUGACACAAACCAAGAUUAUAUUAUGAUGGACAAGGGGUCUUGCAGUAAUUCUUUAAACGCUAGUGUCAGUGCGAAUUUGAAAGCAAAAACAUCAAAACUGAAGAAGAAAAGAAAAUGCUUCAUGCUAGAUGAUGAUGAAUCAAUUGUUGACAAAAACCUGAAGUCUGAUGAUACAAUAAGAGAGGAGGGAAAUCAGCAAAAAAGGCUAAGACAUGAAAACACUAAGCCAUUUGAAGAUUCUUUCAAAAGAAGUCACAAAAGUGCAAAUAAACAUAAUGUUUCUGCUGAUAAGAUAGACAAGGAAGAUGUUGAAGUAAGCAGCCAAACAGUACACAGUGGAGAAAGUAGUGUUGAUAUUAUACCUGAUACAAUCAGUUGUGCAAGUACUUUUAAGAGUAUUGAUAGACAGAUAGAAGUUGAAAAAAAUGAAUUUGAAAUGGAAAUCCCUGAUAGAAGUUUAGAUUUGUCAUCAUUAAGGUCUGCUGAAGCUAUUGAUGUAACUCCUGAUUUGAAUGUGAAUGCUGCUGCUGGUGAUGAACUUGAUUUAAAUGUAUCUUUGGAUAAGAAAUUGGAUAGGCAUUCAUCUGAAACCAAAGACUGGUUACUGGAGUCUGAAGAUGUCAAUUCUGUAAUGAGCACAUUAGAUCCACAAACUGUUGAUUUUGCUAACAAAAGUGAACAAGUCAGUGAUGACAAAGAAAAUGUUAGAAAAAGUUCUUGUGAAGGAAAAAAUGAAGAUGCAAGUAUUCAGAAUGAUAGUUUGGAAGAUGGAAAGAAAAAUGAUGUGUCAAGACAUUUGAGUGGUCUGUUAAAGUCUCCAAAUUCCAGCUUUGUGGCAUAUGGAUCCCAACAGUCUCCAGAUGAUAUAUUCCAGAUGGAUACUGAAAUGCCAACUUUAGAUGCAAGUCCCGCGAAUGACGAAAUUGUAGAGUUAAUAUACCUUUCUCCAGAUGAUACCGAUAAAAAUGGCAUCAAGGAUCACAUUGAAAGGAUUGUUGAUAUAAAGAGAGAAAGAAAAAUAACAACUGAUAAUGUUGGGAAAUGUGGAGACAGAAUGGAAAUGCAUAAAGAUGAUGUUGUUGACAGCAAACCAGUGGACAACAGAAUGGUUAAGAAAAUAGAUACAAUGGCUUAUCGAAAACAUUCAAUGGGUAACUCAAGAAAAUCAAGUCUUUCACCAACUGUUGUUAACGUUACAUCUCCUUCGAAUUCAAUGAAGUUGUUAACCCCUUUCAAAUACAAGUCACCUGUUGUGUCUUUCAUUUCACCAAGAACUAGCUUGAAAAAGUCUAUUGAACCAGCGAUAGUUGAAGAUACAGAUGUUAGAAUAGACAGUGAUAUUUCUCCAAGAGUUGCUGCAACAUCAUUGAGAACACCUAAAAGGUCAUCAGCAAAUAAAAGUUCUGUUUUAUCAUCAACCAGGAGAACGCUUCAAAGUCCUUUAACAUCAGGGAGAAACUUUACUCCUAACAUAUCCAAGUAUAGCCCAUCAUUACGGAAAGGUUUUGGUGCUACAGGGUUAAAGAAUGGCAACUUAGAUUCUUGUAAGCCUGAAGUUGUAGAGCUUAAAGAUGACAAACUUGGCAAUGAAGAUCACUAUGUGAAUCACACAGAUAAAGGAAACAUUGAAACACAAGAUAAUGACAAUGAAGAUGUUCUAUUGUCUCCUGAUGAUUUACCAGAUCUGAACAUUCCUAGUCCAAGAGAUUCAGUAAGAGAUAUUAGUGUUGCACUUAAUCUGGACAGCAGUGAUGAUGAACACAUCGAGGAUGAAACUAUAGACAAUGGAGAUACACAUUUGGAAGAGUUUUCUCUGGAUGAUCAUCAUGGUGAAAUAGAAAAGAAAUGCAAAGUAACUCCCGAUUUAAAAAUUCUCUCUCAAGACAAAGAGAAGAAUGUACUCAUACAAGAAUCAAAUGAAAACUUUAAAGAUAAAGAUGAAGAAUAUGAUGUAGAAAUUAAUGACAAAAAUGGAUAUAAUAAUGGAAAUGAUGAACAGGUAAACAAUCCUAAAAUUACCAAAUUUAGUGAUAGAUUUGUUGGAUUAAGUGCGGUCAGUCAUGAAAUGAACAAUGAAGAUGAAAAUAGUCUCAGUUCUUCGACAACAAGUUCUGAAUUCAAGUUGGAUAACUCAGAAGAAGAUUCGGAAGAAGAAAGUCCAGAGAGAAAAGCAAUUAACAUCAUUUCAAGUUUUAACAAGAUAAAGAACUGUGUUGAAAAGGGAGUCAACAUUGCUGAUACAAAGCACUCCCCUAUGCAUAGUUCUGUUUCCAAGAAAAACAAUUGUAGACAAAAAUCAACGAUAGAUAAGAAUUUAUUGUCAUCAAAGUUAGAUAAACAUCUUCCGAAAGCAAAAAAAUCUCCAUGGGCAGAUAAAUAUUCUUCCAAAUUGGACAGUAGUGAUAGUGAAUUAGAGGAAAGUCAUGUCAUUCUUGAAUCUGAUGUAGAAGAUGAUGACAAAAGUGUUGAAGAUGAUGUAGACAGUACAGUGAAUAGUAAGAAAAGAAAUGAUGGUAAUGGCAAAUGUUUGAAGAGAAAACGUAAAGUAAUUGAUGUCUCGAGUGAUGAAGAUGUGGUUAAGAACAGUCCAUCAAACUUGUCUAAAAAGAUUCAUGGCAAUGCCCAAUUGAAAGCACAUGGCAGUGAUUGUAAAGCCGGUCAAAGUGACGCUAGUGAUAUAGAGACAAUAAAUGACAAACAAGAUGACUCAGAAGCUGGUGAUCUUGAUAACUCAAAUAAAGUGGUUAUGAAAGAAAGUGCAGGGGACAGGGCAGAUACAGGAGCUAUUGAUUCGAACAAAGGGGACAACUCUGAUGAUGAGGUUGUGAUGUCCAGAAAGGGAACAAAGCGGGCCAUCCUCAGCGACAGUAGCAGUGAUGAAGAGGACAGCAGUCGAUAUAUGAACUUGACUUCAUCUUCUGCAUUUUCGAGCCAGAGUGAGAAUAUCUCCACACAGGAUCGUAUUGCCCUUGAGAAAGACCUUGAGAGACUGGCACGUGAACGAGAGGCUAUCGAGAAGCAGCUCAAACGCAGCAAGAUUCUUAAAGAGUCAAGAAGGGAAGGAACCAGUUCAGCAGUGAAUAUGGAGGACCUAGAUGAUGCAGAUAUAGAGGUGAAUAUUUCCGAUGAAGAUGAAGGACAUGGGGAUGAUUUGGAAAUGCACAUGGAUAUGGAUUUGGAUGUUGAGGUGGAGUUAGAUGGAGACUGUCAAGUGUUACCAGCACAGGAGUCUGGCAAGAUACAGCACAGCAGUGAGGUUAUAGUUGUCCCAGAUUCUGACCCAAGCCAGACGCAGCGACCUCCUUUGGCUGACCUUGACCUCAAUAUAGAGGUCUUAAAGUCAAAGGAUGGAAAGCUGGAUCCAGGGGUGAAGAAAAACAUAGGCAUUGUGGCGACUGGCCUGAACACCUCUCAGGUUCAAGAGAUCAAGAGUCUUGCUGCCCAGAAUGAGGCCAAGUUCUUCUCCAAGUUCAACACUUCAGUUACUCAUGUCAUCGUUAAGCCAGCUGAGGAAGAUGAUCGCCUCUGUGAGAGAACAUUGAAGUUUUUCCAGGGCCUAGCCCACAAAUGCUGGAUACUGAACUACUUCUGGGUGACCGACAGUCGCCAGGUCGGAUAUCUACUGCCUGAGGGCCAGUAUGAGAUUCAAGGGGACACUGCACACGGACACACACACCAGGGACCACAAAGAUCACGCCUCUCAAAACACAACAUCUUCCAAAACAUCACAUGCUUCUUGAUUGGUGACAAUGACUUCCUAACUAGAGACUCCCUAAUAGAGCUGAUAGUAACCUGUGGAGGACGUGUCCUCACUGACCCCAGGGAUGUACGUAAAGGCCAGGGGUCAAAGGUUGUGUGUGUGACCUGUACGGAUAUGGAAGAGGAUGAGGAUGGUUCGAGUUUAGAGCAGCAAGAAGCUGUUCAGAUGGCUAAAGACUUGUACAGAAAUGACAGACUCGUGACCUUGACCCGUGAGUGGGUGCUGGACAGUCUGACCAUGUUUGACCUUCAACCUCUCAAAGACUAUGUUGUGUGCAGUAUGGGAGGAAUGAAACUGCCCAGACUGUAAUGACAUGGGUGGAGGCAGGGCUUCCAUGAAGAAAGUUUGGAAGUUUAUUUCUCCUUGAAAAUAGAGUAAAACUUCCAAAAUUCAGUGCUUGGAAGUACAGGAACUUCCUACUCUUCUGAUAAAAUUCCAAAAGCCAAGGACUGAAAAAUUUUGUUAUAUCAAAUUCUGGUGUCAAAGCAACAUUAAUAGCGAUAUUUCCAAUAAACUUUGUAUGAAAGUAAAAGUUUGAAUACAUUUUUGUUGAGUUGGCAUGUUUUAGAUACAAAGUAUUUCAUAUUUUGUCAGAAUUGUAAUAAAAUAAUAGAGAAAGUCUUAGUGUUUGGAAGACUUGAACUUCCAUGUUUUAGAAGAAAACUUCAAAUGUGAUGGCAAGGAAGUUGAAACCUCCACUUUCAAAUUCUUAAUGUAAGCCCUGGUUGAGGGCUAUUCCAUUUAAACACAUGUUUAGCCACCUACAGUGUAGGAAGGGGCUCUAAAAUCAGACAAUCUUCCUUUCAGAAGUUUAUUUCACUUAAAAUGUCCUCUUAUAAUAAAAGAAUGGUCCACCUACAUAUAAGCUUAAGUGAAUUUACUAGGAGUAGGCAUGGUGAAAGGUCUGAAUUCAGUCAAUAAUAAAUAUGAGAAAAACGUGAGAGAGAGAAUUGUUUAAGUUUAAUUGCUUUUUUUAAUUUUACUUUCUUUAAUCGAUAUACAUGUAAUUAUAAUCGAUAAAGGACUUAAUGGUUAAAGUCAUUAACCAAUAUAUAAUCAGAAUCUUCAUUUUUGUAUACAUUUAUAGCAUUCAGCUUUCACAACAGAUGAUAGAAAGUAUAUAUUUGUAUGGCCAGAAUAAUGAACUCUUAUCUUUGUUGUUAUGUACUCUUUAUGUGAAGCACAUAUAUAGUCCUAUGUGACCUAGAUAGUUAUGUCAUUUGCCUUGUACAUGUAAUAAUUACAGUAUUGGUGAUACAUUUUAUGUUUCAUGCUAUGCAGUUAAGGUAAUAACAUAUUUUAAAUUGUUUAAAAAAAAUCUUUUUAAGCAACACUCGUUAAUUUGUCAUAUUUUUUAUUCAUGUAUAAUUUUUUGUUUAAUCGGCCAUGCUGUAAGUUUAUUUUAAUAAAUAAUAAUCUUGGAGUUAUUGAAUGUUAUUAAAUUAUAA